GCCGGUGGGAGUCCGGAGCGGGUCGGGCGAGGGAGGCUGUCCGGGACAGGUACGCGCGCCGGGGCGGUGGUGAGGAGCGGGGUCCAGCCGCCGAGACGCGCCCGGGCCCCCGGCUGCGGCAGGCUCCAGGCGCGUCUCCAGGCGUCCCUGCGGGCACCGAGCGAUGGCAGCACCCCGUGGCGUCUCGGAGGGAGGGUCCCGGGGUCCUGGCGACUCUUCGCCAGGGCCCCGGCCGCUCCCGGAGCUCAUCCGCCUGAAGCGCGACGGCGGCCGCCUGAGCGAGGGGGACAUCCUGAGCUUCGUGCGCGCGGUGGUGGACGGGAGCGCGCAGGGCCCGCAAGUCGGGGCCAUGCUCAUGGCCAUCCGGCUGCGAGGCAUGGAUAUGACGGAAACAGAGGUGCUGACUCGAGCACUGGCCAACUCGGGGCAGCAGCUACAGUGGCCUGAGGCCUGGCACCAGCAGCUGGUGGACAAACACUCCACAGGGGGCGUGGGGGACAAGGUCAGCCUGGUCCUGGCGCCUGCCCUAGCGGCCUGUGGCUGCAAGGUUCCAAUGAUCAGUGGCCGUGGUCUGGGGCACACCGGGGGCACCCUGGAUAAGCUGGAGUCUAUUCCUGGAUUCACUGUCCUUCAGAGCCCAGAGCAGAUGCAAGAGCUGCUGGAGCACGUGGGCUGCUGCAUUGUGGGUCAGAGCCAGGAGCUGGUCCCUGCAGAUGGUCUCCUGUAUGCAGCCAGAGAUGUGACAGCUACCAUCGACAGUCUGCCCCUCGUCACAGCCUCCAUCCUCAGCAAGAAGGUGGUGGAAAGGCUGUCGGCGCUGGUGGUGGAUGUGAAGUUUGGAGGGGCUGCGUUCUUCCCCACCCAGGCCCAGGCCCGGGAACUGGCUGAAGCACUGGUGGGCGUAGGGGCGGGCCUGGGGCUUCGCGUCGCGGCUGCUCUCACCGCCAUGGACAACCCCCUGGGCCGCAGUGUGGGCAACGCCCUGGAAGUGGAAGAGGCGCUGCUCGCAAUGGACGGCGCGGGGCCGCCGGACCUGCGGGACCUGGUCCUGAGGCUCGGGGGCGCUCUGCUGUGGCUCAGUGGACAGGCGGAGAGCCAGGACGCCGGCGCCCAGCGGGUGGCCGCCGCGCUGGACGACGGCUCGGCCCGGGCACGCUUCGAGCGAAUGCUCGCGGCGCAGGGCGUGGACCCGGGCCUGGCCCGAGCCCUGUGCAGCGGGACCCCCGCGCAGCGUCGGCAGCUGCUGCCCCGCGCCCGGGGGCAGGAGGAGCUGCGCGCGCCCGUGGACGGGACCGUGGAGCUGGUCCGGGCGCUGCCCCUGGCGCGCGUACUGCACGAGCUUGGGGCCGGGCGAAGCCGCGCCGGGGAGUCGCUCCGACCAGGCGUGGGCGCCGAGCUGCUGGUGGACGUGGGCCAGAGAGUGAGCCGCGGUGAGCACCGCCCUCGGGCUCCCGGCGUCCCGCGCGCGCCUGCCCGCGCUGACCGCCCACCCGCCCGCCCGCAGGGACGCCCUGGCUCCGCGUGCACCUGGACGCGCCAGCGCUCAGCGACCCGCAGCGCCGCGCCCUGCAGGGGGCGCUCGUGCUCUCGGACCGCGAGCCCUUCGCCGCCCCCUCGCCCUUCGCGGAGCUGGUGCUGCCGCCGGCCGCACCUGCGCAGUAAUAAAGCCCGAAAGCCGACAGCAAGUAGUGCGUGUUUGUGGGGCGGGGCCUCGCGGCGCCGGAAGUACCGGUCCACGCACCAGAAGCACCGCCCCGCGCACGCGCGCUGGCCAGGGCGCCGCCGCGGAGUCCUGGCGGCCGCGUGGGGAACGCGGGACCGGUGCGGGCGUCCAGUCGGCCCCGGGAGGCGCCUGCGGUGA